AUGCCACCACCAAAACAAAAUCUCUCACGGAUGGGAUCUCGGCGAAUCGAUUCAAACAAUAAUCUUCAAAUGCUAUCUAAUUUUAAACUUCCCUCAACGGCAACGCUUGGAUCACUGCCCUCACAAUAUCAUCAGAAUAAUCGAUAUGCUGUUUGCGAUACUGAUUCACAGUGUAGUGAUGGAAUGAGCAUUGCUAGCUCUGAGGAAUCAUCACCUGUUCCUACCCGACAUUCAUCACCUUCUAAUAAUGCAGCUGCAGCAGCCAUGAGAAGUAAAUAUAAUGCAUCACCUUUGCAUAGUAGAACAGGAGGAGGAGUAUUGACCAUGUCGAUGAGUCCUUUGAAUAAUUUAAAUAAGACUCCUCCACCUGGGAUAUUUAUUGAGCAGAAAUCAUCAGCUGUCUUUUCAAAAACCAAGAACCUUAAUACUAGUCCAUCAAGCCCAAAUACUUCUCCUCAUAAGGAUUUAUCAAGUCCUUCCUUGUACUUUCAACGAAAACAAUUAUCACCCACACACCAUCAUCAGAGUCAGUAUGUAAAGAAGGGAUUGGAAUUAGCCUCAGAGGUCUAUCAAAUAGCCCCAAAAAGAAACCGAAGUUCAAAAACCAGACUAGUCACCAGAAGAACCUCAAUGCAAAGCAGCACCCUAACUACAAAGUGA